CGGAGACCUCCCCGAUUUCCGUGGCCCACGCCACGUGCCCACGCUGCCCCCCGCCUGGCACCGCCUCUGCCGGCUCCCGAGGGCGCAGACUGCGAGAUAGGGGCGCAGCGGGGAGGACGGGGGGCGCACGGUUGGGAGCAACCGGAGUGCGCGGCCCGCAGGACGGAGGGUGCGGGGGAGGACCCGGCCGCGCGGCGAGGAGGAUCGGGGCUGCGAGGUGCCGACGGGCCGGAGGGUGUCCGAGCUGCUUGCUGCUGCCGAGGAGGUCCGACGCCAGGCGGAGCUGGACCUCGCAGGCCCUCGGCCUCUGGUCCACGUGCCAGAAGCCUACGUGGCCGCUGCACUCGGCCCGAGGGAAGGCCGUGGACGAGCUGGUGGCCAGGCCCUGGGCGGUGCAUGGGCGGCCGUGGGGCCUCCCCAGCGUGGCCAGGCCCGUCAUGCUGCAGUGCCGGCCGGCCCAGGAGUUCAGCUUCGGCCCCCGGGCCCUGAAGGAUGCGCUGCUGUCCACUGAUCCGGCCCUGCGGCAGCUCUACACGUCCACCUUCUCCCCAGCCGAGAGGCUCUUCCUGGCUGAGGCCUACAACCCCCGGAGGACGUUCUUCCGCACGCUGCUCAUCCACACAGCUUUCGACUGGCUCCUCAGCCGCCCUGAGGCUCCCGAGGACUUCGAGACCUUCCACGCUGCCCUGGCGCCCCGGAAGCAGAGCCUGGCUCGGAAGCACAUUUACCUGCAGCCCAUAGAUCUGAGCGAGGGGCCGGCAGGCGGCGCGCUCCUGGACCACCUGCGGAGCUGCACAGAGGCCUUCUUCCUGGGCCUGCAGGUCAGGUGCCUGCCAUCAGUGGCGGCUGCGUCCAUCCACUGCUCAUCACGCCCCAGUCAGGACUCUGACAGGCUCCAGCUCCACACAGACGGCAUCCUGUCUUUCCUGAAGAGCAGCAAGCCGGGCGAUGCACUAUGCGUGCUGGGCCUCACGCUGUCCGACCUGUACCCCCGAGAGGCCUGGACCUUCACCUUCGGCACGUUCCUUCCAGGGCAUGAAGUGGGCGUCUGCAGCUUUGCGCGGUUCUCGGGGGAAUCCCUGCAGCAGGGGCCCAGCACCCCUGACCUGGCCCCCGAGGCACCCCUGCAGGACAGAGGCCGGACCGUGUGCUUCAGCGCCCUGGGGAUGGUCCAGUGCUGCAAGGUCACGUGCCACGAGCUCUGCCACCUCCUGGGCCUGGGGAACUGCCGCUGGCUCCGCUGCCUCAUGCAGGGCACCCUCAGCCUGGACGAGGCCCUGCGGCGGCCCCCGGACCUCUGCCCCAUCUGCCUUCGGAAGCUGCAGCACAUCCUGGGCUUCAAGCUCGUGGACAGGUACAAGAGACUGUACACCUGGACGCUAGAGGCGGCGGGGACGCGGCCUGGGCCGGCGGCCGGGGAGCCGUCCGUGUCGGAGGACACCCUGCCCUGCAGCGCGGACUCGGGCCUGUGCGGCGAGAGCGACUCGGAGCCUGGCAGCGGCCUGUCAGAGCCCCUGUCCCCGGACGCCUGGAGCCACGCCUUCCCCGCGGGCCCGGAGCUGGAGCCUGAGGACGGGCUGGGCUCCCUGGCGGCCGCGGAGAGCCCGGGGGAGGCCCUGGCGGAGCACGGGCGCUGGCUGGCGGCCUGCAUCCAGGCCCUGGAGAGGGACGUGACUGAGGAGGAGCUGGCGCGGGUGGACGGCGCCGUGGACGCCCUGGCCCGCUGGGACCUGUUCACGGGGCGGCUCCCGGCCCCCCGGCAGGACCCGCCCUGCGGCCGAGACGGCGCGGGGCUGCGCCGAGUCCUGGGCGACAAGUUCUCCUCCCUCAGGCGGAAGCUGAGCGCUCGCAAACCGUCCAGGGCCGAGGCGUCCCCGCGGCGCUGGAAGGCAGAGGACAAUUAGCACGGCUGCCGCGUCUUGUCCAGCACGGCUGGUGCGUCUCGUCCAGCGCCUGCCUGUCCCCAGGGCGCUGCGGGCCCGGCUGUGGGCGGAAGGGACGGUGUCUCGGGAAGCGGAAGGCGAUCCGUCUGCACGUGGACCCCGCACCCCCAGCCCUAACCGCAGCCUCACGACGCGGCCGGGUGGGGGGGGCGGGGUCCCAGGUACCCCGAGGGCCGUCCUCGGGCCGCACCCGACCUCACAGAGCAGGUGCCCGGCAGGUGCCUGUCUGUCUCCUACGGCCUGGGGCUCGGGGCUCUGCUACGGCGAACUCAGAUUGCAAGGCCCCAACGUGGGUCCUCCGCUCGAAGGGGGGGCAAAGGGGGUCUUGUUGCAACCUACAAGGUCCCCCGCCUCCCCCGACCCCAAGCCCAUAGAAAGGGCCCCUUUCUGCGGCGCAAACCGCACUCUGACCCUUGGAACUUGGCGUGGGCGUCUCCCUGAAAGUUCCGGGUGGCCACCACCUACCAGACCACGUGCCCAGAGACGUGCCACUUCUUCUGACAACUGUUGCGGGAAGGGAGGGUGUCCCGUGUGCAGGUCUGAAGGUGCUGCUGCGUGCUGUGACUUGCAGAGGUGAAAGCAAACCGCGGCUCCUCCAUCCUCAGGACAGUUUUCUGACAAAGGUGGCCUGGACCCCAACACCAGUGAGGGCAAGGAGAUGAGAUUUGUUCAGAACACCUGUGUCUGUGUUUUUUUGGUCUCGUUUGACCAGUUGCUGAGAGAACAAGUGAUUUAGAUGUUAAAAUACCCAUCACCCCAGUAGAACUGUCUGUCUGCCUUUAAUUUCGUCAAACUUUGCUUCCAGUUCUUGGAAACUCCUUUAUGUGCAACACACACAUUUGACUGUUAGGUUUUCCCGACCGACUGACCAUUUUCAUUAUCAAGUGCCCCGGGCUGCUAAGGAGCCCCGGGGAGAGACGCCUCUCGUCCGGACGGCAGAGCUCCCGCGGAGUGAUGGGGAGUCGCAGCUACUUCCCAUCUGGAGAGAGGCACGAACAGGAGCAGCUCCUACAUUUCGUGCAUAGCUUAGACAGUUUGGGGGGCCUUCUAAGAAAAACAGUACAAACUACAAAUAUAGAAUCAGGAGGGUCACCCCCCCAAGCAAGGACGCCUGAAACCUCCUUGUGAUGUAGGUUCCAGCCCCAGAAAGAUGGAAGGGAUGAGACCAUCCUGAAAAUAAAGCAGCAAGGACGCAGCUCUUCAGACCCGCAUUCUCUUUCUCAUGGGGUUGAAGAUGCAUCACAAGGAUUCAGAGGUAACUGAUGGGGAGAAGAGGACGAGCCAGGCUCCGCAGAAAGUGUGCUGGGGCCAACCCCACAGACAGCGUGAUGGAGGAAGAGAAGGAGGCCUCGGUGUCUCUGUCACUGUGAACAAACCACUCACCCCUUAGUGGCUUAAAACCCCAGCAACCUAUCCAGCUCAGCUGCAGUGUGGACAGAGCUUGGUGGGGAAAGUUUACCCCUGGGGCUGGGCUGGAGAGUCCUGCUCUAGGACGGCUCACUCACGGGGCUGCUGUGUGAUGGCCGAGGGCCAGCGCCUUGGUCCUGUCCGGGUGGCUUGGGCUUCCGUGUAGUAUGGCGGCUGGCUACCAAAGGAGGGAUUUCCUGGAGUCACGUGGAAGACGUGUAGCCUCUCAGGACUCAGCCAUCCUCCGUUAAGGCCGCCUGAAAGGCUCACCCAGGCUCACACACAGGGAGGGGAUGUAGAUCCCACCUCUUCAUAGGGGUGUGGUGAGGUUCUGGAAGAGCUUGGGAGGUGAGAAAACAUUUAGGAAAAACCUGCCCCAGUUAGCAUUUGCUGCUCAGAUUGGCCAUCAUACCUGCGGCAAAAUCUUACCUGUUUUUCUUCUGCAAAAGAUUAACGACUGGAAUGAUGUAAGCACACACACAGGUGACGAAGAGAGAAGAGCCUGGCUCAGACUGAGGGAGGGAGCUCAAGAGGGUCGUUACAUCAGUUGCAGAGGGAGGACACUUUUUAAAGCCAGCUGCUGGGAGGAAAGUUUUGAAAUUAAAACGUUUAGGAGCAGAGAUCAUAGCUUCCUUCCCCUGCUCAAGUAUCAGCCCAGGUUCUGCCCCUGCUGGGGGUGGAGAGCAGUUGGGGACAGUCCCCAGGGAGCGGCUUUUGGCAGAGGAGGGGAUAACGAACGCCAUCUCCCAUAGCAAAGUCACGGCUCACCAAGUUCAGGCUCAGACAUGGUACAGCUGGGCACCUUAACGGGGCUGAGCUGAAGUAGCUUCAGAUAACGGUUUCCGAGAAACAAGGGCCUGGUUUUUACUUAUGCAAAAGCACCAAGUCAGUGUCAUCUCAUCUCAUGCUCUCUCAUCUCCUUAUCUGUCAAAGGCCCCCCUGCAAGUCAGGAGGAGAGGUCUCCGAGCUUUCCCACGGACCCUCUCGGAGCCCCUCACUCUCUGGUGGGACUGGGUGGAGGGGCUUGAAUGGAGCGAAAAAUACUUUGGGGUCGUGGCGUUGUGUCACCGUUCCCGUGUGAGAUGGGGCUGGGACAUCCACGCGUGCCUUCAAAAGUAGCCUCAACACAUGUGGAAACUGUGCCCUGGUUAGGGGCGAUGGGAAGCAGGGCCCUGGUCAAGAGGUGGCAGACCCUCUUCCUGCCUCUCCUCCUUCCCCCUCUUCCUCCCCAAAGCCCCAACUCAUCAUCGGAGGGAGAGGAGGACCGUUCUCAACUCCUUCCUCCCCACCUGCGGUGCAGGAAAGUGGGAUUAGCCCGGGAGCCCCUCCGCCGGCCCCCCUGUUUCCAGAGCGUGGGUCGGGGGAGGGAUGUGGGCCUGUUAAUACUGUCCCGUGGGACAUCUGAUUCAGACCUUUCUGGGAGGAAAGCAAUCUCUGAAAGGGCUUAAAAAAAUAAACACAAUAGCUUAGCCAAGCAGCUAAUAUUAAAGCGAAGAGUCCAAAUUUAGAUCCCACCAAGUUCAAAGGAGCGGCUGUAGCAUUCCAGGGACGGACACACACACACACACACAAGGUCCAUUCGGGGCCACAGGAGCUACUCUCCAGACCCGCCAGGCAGGGCCAGGCGGCUAGACCCUCAUCUGUCUGCGGAAAGACAGGGAGCUCGUCCUUGCAAAUAAAGCCCCCCUUUGAACCUGUCCUUCUAAGUACCAGGGAAUUUCUUACAUCCCUGCAAGGUAGAUACCUUGAUCCCAUUUUAUGGUUAAGGGAGCUGAGAGGUUUGCUCAUCUGCCUGAGGCUGCAAAGCAGGGCCUGAGAUUCCCAGCGGGUUUGCUCUGACUUAGCCCUGCGUGUUCCGGGUCUUAGGAAAGCACACCGGGGAAGUCUGAGCAGGCAGAGAGUCAGGAGGAAAGCACAAGGCUUGGGAGGCCUGCACCCCGGGCUCCGUACUUGGUCCGCAGCCCUGCUGGCUCUGCCCUGGCUUCUAAGGUGGCCAGGAAGCUGCCUAGUGGCUGCAGCACUUCUGGGCCAGAGACUCCCCAGAGGGCCGAGGAAUGGCCUGGGUGGGUGGGUGGCCGGCUCUCGGGCGAAGAUGCCAAGGUAAACAAAGCCCGGAGUUGCUGGGGCUUUGAUUUGUUUGUAUAAAGAGGGCGAGUCCCCAGCAGGACUAUUUUUACCCUGGUGAAGACGGGGAGGAACAGGGCUUUGCCGGGCGGCUCCCGACCUGAGCUGGAGCCCACGCGCCCUGGGAGUGGACAGAGGCCUCUUCCAGGCCGCCUUCGCCCGCUGCGGCCAGGCUGCAGAGGGCGGCUGGCGCCGGGGACCCGAGGCCCGGCCGGCCCUCGACCCCCGCCUGCCCCAGCGCUGGAGUCUCUAGCGGAGCCAGAUCCAUCCUGGUGGCUGUAGGGACGACUGUCCACAGAGGAGCCCGGUUCCAAGGAAACCCCAGGAAGCAGCAGAUUUACGGCCCCUAGAACGACAGGCUGUGGAAACUAAGCGCCGAGAAUAAUCUGGGAAAUGCCUACUGCGUGGCUGACAGCACCACUGCCUUGGGAGCUGCUGAAACCCGUGCGAAGAGCCUGCCUCUUCCAGCACCUCCAUCUGGGAGAGCCCAGAAUAACCGAGGCUUGUUUUUGAACUCUGCUUCUUGGGUAAAGAGAUGGAUGAAAACGAGCUACGUCAGGGGUUUAUUUUAAAAAACAAUUUCCAAGAGGCGUCCCAGGGCCACAACGUGUUCAGUCCAAUGCCCCCACCCCAGCGGCGAGCCAGGGCGGCCGAGGACGCACUGGUCAAAAAAGCGACUCCUGGGCUGCUGGAGGGGACCCGUGGGGCAUCCCACCUAGCGCACGACCCCGGCUCUCCGCACACUAGCUGGAAGGGAAGCCAGGUCCCCCGGGAGGCCACCGCACGUGCCUUGCCCCAGCGCUUCCGUCAGCAUCCUCUCUGCUGAGCCCUCCUGUCCUCCCCGGCCACGGCACAGCUGAAACGCCCUACGGCCAGGCCUGCGUGGCUUCCCUCAUGUCCCCCGGAUCGUCUGAGACAUUUACCGUGGGGUCCUUACGGUGUCCCGCGGUCACCACGGGGAUAUCUGUUUGACGGCCUCUCACUGGCCGGUGAUCAGCGGGGAACCAGUCAGGAAACCCGCUCCCAGGCCGGCGCGGCACCUGCAGUCUGCACUCACCUGCCACAGGGACGAGGCGGACGAGGCGGGAGGCUCCUGGGGCGGCGCUGACCCGCCAAGGCCGACUGGCUCCUCCUCUUUCCCUCCUUCAGCCUUUGAGCCACAAAAGGUGAUUUAUUUUCACUGUUUCUCGCAGUGCCUGCCCAAAGCAAGAGGGGAUUUCAAAAGGGGGGCGGGGCUGACCGUCUACGCUGGACGGUGGUUGCGGCCGA